AUGGCGACAUCCUGGAUAUCUAGUCUGUCCCUCACGCAGGGGGUCUUAUUGUCGCUGGGCAUAGGCCUUAGUUACAUAGUUGGAACCGUGAUCUACAGAGUCUACUUCCAUCCGCUCUCCAAAUAUCCUGGCCCAAAACUGGCAGCUGCCACCCGUUUAUGGUGGACAUGGCAUCAGCUGCGUGGCCGAUUCCCUUUAAUCGUGCAUGAACUUCAUCUCAAAUACGGGACGAUUGUCCGCAUUGCACCUACUGAGCUUUCCUUCACAGGUGCUGAUGCCUGGAAAGAGAUCUAUGGAUUCCGCGGUGGCUUGCCUGAGAAUCGUAAAGAUCCCGGCGAGAAUACGGAUGCUGACACAAGGCAUCCUACAAUCAUUAAUGCCAAUCGCAAGGACCAUGGUGAUUUGCGCAAAUUGUUAUCUAAUGCUUUCUCCGACAAAGUGCUGAAGGGUCAGGAGCCCGUUCUGCUGCACUACAUUGAUCUCCUUAUCGGUCGGUUACAUGAGGUGGCGGAGAAGGACGAGCCGGUCGAUAUUGUGAAAUGGUUCAAUUAUGUGACAUUUGAUAUCAUCGGCCAUCUGGCCUUCUAUGAACCGUUUGAUUGCCUCAAAAACACCGAGUACCACCCGUGGAUGUCAAUGAUCUUCAACGCCAUCAUGUACGUGCACUACAUCCGGACCUUGCAGCGAUUCUUCAAUAUCCGAGCCCUCAUUCUAGCCAUAAUGCCGAAGCGCAUCGUCGAGCGACGCAAGUGGCAUAUUGGGCUCGUCGAGGAGAAGGUCAUGCGCCGGAAACAGCAGCACCCUGAUUACAUCGACUUCAUGAGCCACCUGCUCCAGGCCGAGGAGAAGGGCAAAUUGACGACUCCCGAUCUCGUGGCAAAUGCGAAUCUCAUGGUAAUUGCUGGAAGCGAGACCACUGCAACAAUUCUCUCUGGAACAGUCUACUACCUGUGUACCCACCCAGCUGUGAUGCAGAAACUGCUUGACGAGGUCCGCACCUCGUUUGACAGCAGCGAUGAGAUCAAUAUCGCGCGCAUUAGCAAACUCAAAUAUAUCAAUGCGGUUAUCGAUGAGUCCUUCCGCCUGUAUCCCCCAGCGGCAGGCAGUCAUCCUCGCAUGACGCCGCCCGAAGGUGCAAAUAUCUUGGGACAGUGGCUACCUGGUAAUACAUCAAUGGGCAUGGCCCAAUAUGCCGUCUUCCGCUCGCCAGCCAACUUCAAGGACCCUGAGCUCUAUCUCCCCGAGCGAUGGCUGGAUACAGAGGGGCCAUAUUCUCAUGAUAGACGUGAAGCCCUUCAGCCCUUUUCCUUUGGGCCUCGAAACUGCAUUGGCAGAAAUUUGGCCAAUAUCGAGCUGAGAUUAAUUUUGGCGAAGAUGUUAUGGCAUUUCGAUUUGGAACUGAUGCCUGAAUGUAGCAACUGGCCGAGGGAUCAGUAUAUCUACACCUCUUGGGAGAAGAUCCCACUGAAAGUCCGGGUUACGGCACGGGUGUGA